CUCGUUUGAGGUUAUGUGGUUAUACUCUUAUACCGUUUGGCUUUUACAGUUUUGUUUUUAGGUUAUAUAACCAAAACAGGUUUGCCGGCUCAGUAGAUUUUAUUGUGUUGAAAAGAUGGAAAGAAUGAAGAUCUAUAGACCUCUCAAAGCUCCUCCAAGACCUGAAAGUAUCAAAAUACUGUCACCUUUUGGAGAGAAACUUCUCAUGAUGUUACAAGAAAAUAGGAUUCAAGACAAUACAAGACAUUAUUUUGGAAAUCAUUCUCAGACCAACACUUGUCGAAGAUUCGGUGAUGAAGAUAUCAUGCAGCAACUGGAAAGAUGGGACGGUGAUGGAAAAGCAAUGACCUUUCCAAGUAGUCUAGAUUCACCAUCAUCUAUUGCCUCAUUUUUGAAACCAAUGGUGGCGAAAACUAGGGUCAACCUACAAAUGAAAUCUACUCCCACAUCGAAUUCUACUGUUAGACCCAAUUCUACUGAUAAAAAUGCAGGUUACAAUUUGUUGCAACGACAACCACCGAUUUCUACUGCCAGUAAUGAUUCUACUGUCGGUAAUUCUAGUGAUACAAUUUCAAUCUACAAUGUCGCUCACCAAUCUAGUUCUGCGCAGAAUCAAAUCGCUGUGAAAAGACCUUCGAUUUUCGCUGAAGAAUUGGGAAAUGCAAGGAAGACUCCUAAAUUUCAAGUUCCUUUGCGUCAAACUCAACCAAAAUGCUACCUCUACCACAUAGCCGUAGACCUAGAGGUAUAG